GCGACCACGCGAUCUGAUUGGCUGACCGACCGUUUUAUCAUCAUUGUACCAAUCCGCAGCUGCCUGGUAGACCGGUAAAGGUGGAAUGUAAUGGGCUGGGCUGUUGGGGGAUCUACUUUUUGACGAAUGGGAUCGUAGAUAAUGAAAACCGUAUUUUUUUUUAACCAUAAAAUGAUAAAAAUCGACAUAAAACUGAUAGAAAACGUUCAAUGGUUUCUUUAGUCUACUUUAAAAGUAGGUCGGCAGUUGAUUCUUAUCACAGGUUAUGAGCGAGUGUGAAGGGUUGCUACACAAUGACUUGCACCUUCCGCAAAACCCGACAGUCUAGUAUUGUAACUUCCUUGCAGCGUGUGGGCGAUGAAGUUUUUAUUUUAUUUAAAUAUGCGGAAGCGAUCGCGCUUUAAACUUUUAACAUACCUUGCUGUCGCUGGAUUAAUAACACUUUUAGUUAUUUUCGCUUUCAACAGCACAGUACUUUGGCCGUCUCUUCCGAAGAAGACUCCAACCCCUAAAAACCUCCAUGAUGUGAUCUCACCGUCAACAUACAGAUUCAUUCUGAACCAGCCAGAACUGUGUGAGAACAAGAGUCCUUUCCUGGUUCUUAUGAUCCCAGUGACUAUCAACGGCAUAGAGGCGAGGACUGCUAUUAGAAACACAUGGGGUCAAUAUGGCUUGAUUCCCGGUGUGAAUAUUUUGCAUUUGUUUAUCAUUGGUCAGCCCGAACAAAGCGACCCAGUACUGCAGGAGCACCUUGAGAGGGAGAGCAAGGAUUAUGGUGACAUUAUUCAAAUGGAUUUUGUGGACAGUUACCAUAAUCUCACAAUAAAGACAAUGAUGAUAAUGAACUGGAUAGCCACCUACUGCCAGAGUGCUUGGUAUACCAUGAAGAUCGAUGCAGAUGUCUUUCUCAAUGUGCGUUACCUGGUGGACUACCUGCAUGACCAGGGCGAGUCCUCAAGGAAAGACUACAUCACUGGAUCCGUCAUCUCAGAUGCUGUUCCUCACAGGGAGAGCUUCAACAAAUGGUAUAUCCCAGAGGAUCUUUACCCAGGCACAUGGUAUCCUCCAUACGUGUCUGGAGCUGCGUAUGUCUUUUCCACUGACCUGGCCAGAAAAAUAUUAUGGGCCUCUAGAUUUGUGCGGCCAGUUCCACUCGAAGAUGUCUAUGUGGGGAUGUGCCUGCAUGUCCUGGGUGUAAAACCCUUUUACGCAACAAGAUUUCUGGGCCUUAGGAAUCUUUUUGAGGUGCGCAGACUUGACUAUGAAAGGUGCACUUUUUCCAAGCGUAUAGUAGUGAAUGGCUUUAAACCACAGAAUCUUCUCCAUAUUUGGCAUGACUUUCAGAAGUCUGAAUUUACAUGUUGAUACAGACUGCCUUCAUCAGAUUGAAAUCCUAAAAUUAUAUUAGCAGUACCUUGAAGCUGCUAAACUAAUGUUUAUGAGCCUACACUCCAUUCCUUUAACAAGGUUCACAUCACUGUGAUUCAGUACUCAUUCAUGUUCAAGAGAGAACAAAAUGAAGAACACUUACAAAAAAGGGGGAAUGUAUAAGAAAAAAAUAAGAAUAUAACAAUAUAAAAAUAGCCUAUAUAAAUUAUAAACAAAUAAUCAAUAUGUGAUGUGAAACUAUUCCUUAAAUAACAGACACAAUUACAAAGACUUUUUUUUUCGCCAAAUGCUGCUAUCAUCCUCCAAAGCAAAAGAGUAAAAACACUAGGAGAAAUGUGUGAAAUGGGUAAUACAUGAUGAUGGAGGAUGGGACUUCUAAAAGGCAGCUGAUUUAAAAAGUCAUAGCGGCCUUUAUAGAUAUAGGCUAUCAGCAGUUUAUUUAUUUUUUUAUUCAGAUUGCACAGUUACAUUUAUUUAAACUGACUAUGCUUGUUCUUCUUGUUUUUCUGUCUGUCAUGAAACAUACAUAGCAAAUAUGAUUGUAAAAGAGUUAUUGGUCACCAAUGCACUUUAAACAAUAAAAGUAUUAUUUAUUUUA